AUCACUAAAAAGAAAUAUAGGGUUGAUCAUUUCACCAACCACUCAUAAUGGAAGGAGACGGUACUGAAAAUUCAAACUCUAAAGAUUCCAAGUCUUUUUCGGGAAUUCCUGAAGCAAUAUUUGUUGAUAAUGUUGAUAAAUUUAUGAGUCUACCUGAGAAUUCCGGAGGAGUUGAUAAAGUGCUUCGGAAGUUGGAUGAACAACAUGGCAAAUAUAAGUUUAUGGAAUAUACUUUAGCUACAAAAAGGAGACGUCUUCGUCAGCAAAUACCAGAUUUAGAUAGAUCACUAGAAAUGAUUGAAAAAUUAAAAACUCAAUCCGAGGCAAUGAACACACAAUUUUUACUUAGUGACCUGGUUUUUGUUAAGGCUAAUAUUCCACCAACAAAGACAGUAUAUUUAUGGCUUGGUGCUAAUGUUAUGCUGGAGUAUUCACUAGAAGAUGCUGAGAUAUUACUGACCUCUAAUAUGGCUACUGCAAAAAAGAACUUGGAAUGUGUGGAACAUGAUUUAGACUUCCUUAGGGAUCAAUGGACUACUACAGAAGUCAAUAUGGCAAGAGUUUAUAACUGGGAUGUAAAAAGGAGACAGGCUGCCAAAGCAUCUAGCAAAUAAACAUUACAUAUGUAGCACAAUAACACAACACAGUAUGCUAUUUUAAUCUGCCGGGCUUUAAUAAUAAUUUUAUACUCAAUAAUAUAAUAACAAAUUCUGAU